UAAGUGCGGCAGCCCAGUAGCAAGCGUCGUUCUGCCGGCAGCUCCUUCCUUCCCCGGUAGUCGGUACUUCUCUCGCCCUCCAGCCCUCCCGCUGAGCGGCGGGGGGAUGUGAGCGGGGCCCUUCGGUCUCCCCCGCUUCGGUAGGCCAUGUUCCCUUUGGACUCCGCUUGGAACAUCUCCUUCGCUGGCUGUGGCUUCCUGGGGGUCUACCACAUCGGCGUGGCCAGCUGCCUCCAGGAGCAUGCCCCCUUCCUCGUCGCCAACGCCCGGAAGGUGUACGGGGCCUCGGCCGGCGCGCUCACCGCCACCGCCCUCGUCAGCGGCGCCUGCCUCGGUGAGGCUGGUGCCAGCAUUAUUCGAGUGUCUAAAGAAGCACGAAAGAGGUUCCUGGGUCCGCUUCACCCCUCUUUCAACUUGGUGAAGAUCAUUCGGCUCUGCCUGUCCAAGACUGUGCCAGAGAAUGGGCAUGAGGUGGCAGCAGGACGUCUGGGUAUUUCCCUCACACGAGUGUCUGAUGGAGAAAAUGUCAUACUGUCAGACUUCCAUUCCAAGGAGGAACUGAUCCAGGCCUGUGUCUGCAGCACCUUUAUCCCUGUCUACUGUGGGCUGAUACCUCCAACCUUGCGUGGAGUGAGAUAUGUUGAUGGAGGAAUUUCUGACAACUUGCCACGAUAUGAGCUGAAGAACACAAUCACGGUGUCUCCGUUCUCAGGAGAGAGUGAUAUCUGCCCACGAGACAGUUCCACAAACAUGCAUGAGCUGAGAGUCACCAAUACAAGCAUCCAGUUCAACCUUCGCAACCUCUACCGCCUCUCAAAGGCUCUGUUUCCUCCAGAGCCACAGGUGUUGCGGGAUAUGUGCAAGCAGGGCUAUCGGGAUGCAUUGCAUUUCCUGAAGAAGAAUGGUCUCCUUCACCUUCAUCGUCCAAGUCCUGCUCGUCCUCUCCUUGCAAUAGAAGCCCCUCCAGAAGAGAAAAAAGAGGAAGAAGAAGAAGCUGAGGACCAGAUGGAGGACAACACUGCCCUUGCUGUUGUUGAAGACCACAUCUUUGAACACUUGCCUCCCAAACUGAACCAAGCUCUACUGGAGGCUUGUGCUGAAAGAAGAGGUCUCUUGACUGGUAUCAGCAACACGCUGCCUAUACGUGUGGCUACUGCAAUGAUGGUCCCCUACCUGCUGCCUCUGGAGUCUGCUGUUUCCUUCACUGUCAGGUUGCUGGAAUGGCUUCCAGAUAUCCCUGAAGAUAUUAGAUGGAUGAGGGAGCAGAUAACUGAAAUCUGCAGCUAUCUUGUGAAGAAAGCCAAGAAGAAACUGGGCAGUCAUCUUUCAGCCAGGCUUUACUAUCACCUUGAGCUUGGAGGGCCCCAGAGCCUGCCAAUUUCUCCAGCAUCUCCUUGUGGUGAAGCAAUGCCUAUGUGGAUGAGAAGCAACCGUUCCCUGUCUGAUGUCAUGCUGAAGUGGGAGGAGUACCAGCGUCAGCUUGUGAUGGGCUUACUCUGCAUCAACGUGGACAUGCAGGCAUCCUUCUUCCCUUGGGAAGGAUUUCAGAUGAAACUUCCACCUUUGGACUGUGCAAAAGAGUGCCUGCCACUCUUCUGAGCCUGCUGCGCUGGGGGGAUGGGGAUGGGUGGGAAGGGGAACAGGUACAGAGUAAGACCAGUCUCAUCCCUUGGCAGCAGGCUGCCCUGUGCUCAUGAAUAUGCUGCAAAAGGGGUUUCCCCAGGAUGGAGACUGGAAUUGUCUGUAGCCAUUUGUUGCCCACUGGGCCGGGUAAGUAGUCUGUGUUCAAAGACACAGAGGCUGAUCCCUUGCUCUAGACUUGUGUUGAGGCUUGGCCAUAGCCCAUAGCCGUGCUGAUGCUCACCCAGCUGGGCUAUCCCAAAUAAUGCACUUUGAAUUGCCGUUGGCUUUUCACCGCCAAAUAAUCAGAAUGUAGAUGACGCUCUCAAGUUCACAUAGCUUCUAGCUUCCUUUGGCUCUUAGAGCAUAUUAAUCUGUUUUUCUCAAAUCAUCUGACAUCCCUUAGGUCUUUGUGCCACUGAAAGAUAAGUAGCCUCUUGCCAAACCAAUGUUCAAAUCCCCUUUUGACUUCAUCCUUUAUUGAUGCCAGAUCAUUGUCUUUGUCCCUUAACUGCAUCCCAACUGAAAGCCAGAGCUGGCCCUACUGCAGACUGCACUGGGGCCACAGAAAUGUAGAAAAGUAGUGUAUUUAUCCUGGUUUAUUUUGUUGUGGACUCUCCCUGUGUAAUUUCCAUUCUGAUAGAACUUUGGCAGCUUGAACUUAGAAUGUUAAAUGUCACUGAGCUUAAUUUAAAGCAGUAAUUUAGGCUGAGUUGUUUUUUUACUUUGUGGAGUUCUUGUCAUUGAGAAUGGAAUCAGUGUGGGGUCACACUGGAAGAGCUCAGCCCAACUACGUCAGCAUCAGUUCAGUAGUUGACAGUGGGGUAGAUGUGAAGUGCUUGUAGGAAGGUGAGAUUGUAUGGGUCGUGUUAUCUUUGAGAGGUUGGUGGAAUGUCAUGGCAAGUUCUGGGAAAGUGGCUGCAUUUGACAGCAGAGGUUGGGCUUCGCUCCUUAAGGGACCAUACAACGGAAGGAAAUUCCAAGCGGGUGCCACGUAAGCCCCAGCUUGACAGAAGAUCCCUUAAUUCCUUUAUUUGAUGAUUUGGGGUGAGGAAGAUUCAGGUUUGCAGUUAUAUCAGCCUCACGGUUUGCCUCUUGUGUUGUGGCUCACUGGUACAGCUGUGCAGCUGGCAAUGCAGCAUGAGAAGUGGAAGUCAAGUCAGGAGUGCUGGUGCGUGUGCCAGCCUUCUUGGAACUGUCUGUGCUUGUCUUGUCCUUUAAAAAGCUGGAGCAGGGCUGAGCUCUGCCUUCUCAGUAGCAGUCUACUUGUGACUUGCUGUGCAGAAACAUAAGCUCUGUGCUCUUCCCAGGAUGAGAUGUGGCUUCCUGUGGGGUUUGCGUGUACUCAAGUCUUUGCACUCUGACACAAAGCCAGCUCCUGGUAUCUCUUUCUGCAGCAUGUCUUGCUGCAUGAGGUGUCUUCUACCUCUCCUAGCACAAAUAGUAUGCAACUGGCCAAAGCAAACUUAUGCUCUUUUCUGGGGAGCGGCACAGGGUGUCUGAAGCUGAUAUAUAGCCUAUAUGGGGAAUAGUAACUUAAAACACUUUGAUUUCUCCCUUUGAUUUAAAAAGUGAAAAUAUCCUCAAAUUCUAAUAUGUGGAGAAGGUAUUGGCUCUGCUUAGUGACAUCUCCACAGGCAGUGUGGGUGAGGUGGUGGAUGCUGUCUCCCACCAGCACAACUGUGCACUGGGUGCAGGUUUGGGUACUGGUAGCAGAGACUGAGCACUGGGGCCCUUCACCAGUGGCUGUUGCAAUCUGGGAGGCAAGAGUGGGCAGCUGUGACUCCGAUGCAGUCUGUGAGACACCAGUACAAAUACUAACUUGUGGCUGAGAAUAUCACCCCACUGUCCUUCCUGGAUAUAACUUUCCUGUGUGACGUAAGAGCCUGCAUAGUUUAUGAAGCAGGCCUGCACUUAAAGUCAGACUUAUUCUUAAGCUCCUUAACAUAGUUAAGGCAGCUAGAGUGUAGAGGAAUCACUGUGGGGAGAAGAGAGAGAAUUUAGAGGCUUCUAAAACCAGAUUAGGAAUAUAGGGUUAUAAAGCAUGUUGAUCUUGUGAUUUUUUUUAAAGCUUGUGAGACAAGCUGGAUGCCAUAAAUGUAAUGAAGGUGAACCAGCAACCAACUACUGUCAGUUUGUGGGAGCAGGAUAAGUUUGAGAAAAGGUGCGUGUUUGUGAUUUGGUACGAGUACUUACUGUUUUCCUCUGCUCAGGGCUACCACCUUAGUUUGCUGAAUGUGUAUCUCCUGUCCCUAAUGUACAUAGAGCAAUUGGUGAGAAUGUAUAGCUGUUUAGCGGCUUGAAAUUAAAGCAUUGCAUCCAGAAGUAAUGCAUCUGUGAAGGGUAAAGCCAGACGAGGAAACCUUGUGCUUAGAGGCUGCUGACCUCUUAACUCUGCUUAUUUGUGUUAACAUACGGGUGGAGAAAAUGAUGCAACUAUUUUUAUUUUUUCCUCUUUCCUGGACUGGUAAAACCACUGAAUGAUUUAUAUAAACCACUAAACUGAACCAAAUUCUCUUGGCAAUAGCACAUGCUAAGAAAUUGCAGCUUGGCACCCUCAGCCCCUGCUUUCCUCUUGCGUAUCACACCCAGCUGGGCUGGUGCCAUUGUCUUCCAGUGCUCUGAUCCAGAAGGCUUGCUGGUUCUGGUCCACACAUUUCAACAGAGUAACUGCUGUGAGUGGUAAAAGGCCUGAAUUUCGUUCUGUUGCACCUCAUCUGCUGUUAGUUUAUUAUAUUAACUUCUCAAAGAGGAGCUUUUAUGCACUGCUGACUUCAACCACAAAUCAAAGCCUGGCUUUAAAUGUAAAGGUCUCCCUCUUCAGAGAGGAAACUCCUGCUUUCCCUAUGCUAAUUUGCAGGGUGUGGAAGGAUACUUGGGGAAGUGCCACUCUCUUAACCCAUUUUUUGCUUGUAUUCCCAAGUGGCUGUUGUGUGAUAGCUUGUUGGCUUUAUAGAUUUAAGCUCAGGUAAAGAAAGUGCAGAUCUGUCAAAAAUAAAUACCACACACUACCCUCUGCUUCCUUAGGAAAUGUUUCAUUAUUGCCAUGAAAUUCUUGCUGAUCAUUCAUCACAGAUCGCAAAGGAUGAAUCAGAUAGGGAAGAUUUUCUAGCUCCCUGAUGUAGGAAAAAGGGGAGAAUGUGUGGUUGGGAAGCCUGGUGGUAGUGGCCAGGGCCUAUGCUCUCCUGUGUAUGGUAUUUGAGAAGUCAAGAUCCUGGACCGAAAGUUCAUCUUGCGCUCCACAUCUGAAAUCCUUACAACAUUCACUAGAACUCUGCAAGAGUUCCAGCCCUUGUAGUUUGUUUCACUUAAAGGGUCUGUGCUUUCAGGAAUCCAUUUUCUUUUCUUUCUAUGAUACAGAUACUACUUGCUGCUUUUAACAAGGCUAACACACAACUUCUUGUGCAUCUAACAGGUCCCUAACCUGUACAACAUGUGGUUUGAUGUUGUGCACACAGUAUGUAUCCGUGGCAUGCUCUGUAAGCCCCCAUGAGCGUGUGGUGUGUUGGAUUGGGUUUGCUGCCUGACCUACUGUUAAUAGUUCCACAAGCUGGUUUUUCAAGGGGUAGGAGGAAAUGCUUCUGAAGACUGACAGUAGGACCUAGGAAAUGCUUUCUCAUGACUUCCUGGGGGAAGCUGUGUACAUGCAGCACUCGGACUAGAGAAUAAGAGGGUGGUGCCAUCUGCCAGCACUGGAGUACCCCCGAGUUCUUACAUAUUUCCCACUGUUUUUGUCCAUUUUUAAAAACUAAUCUGGUAAUCCAAUUUCCAGGCUUUUACUCCUUUUUUUUUUGAGAGAAGGGCUCUCACUUUUGCCAAAGUAGUUGUGGGAGAAAACCUGAAACUCCCUGCAUGUGUUUGCGUGUCUGUUUUCCUUAGGGGUCCACUUCUGCAAAGUGCAUGGUAGAUGUGGUGGGUGGCAGCGCUGCAUGUUGCCAAAGUUUGAGGGUCUUGCCAACAGUUCUCUCAAGCUGUUUGCUCCUCUUCCCCUUAAAAUGAUGAGAGAAUGGACCACCUUGGCUGGUUGCCACACCAGCCAGUUAAUUUGUGCCAAACUCACCCUGUGCCUUCACAGCGGGUUCUGGCCUGCCUGCCCCGCAUCCCCAUGGUGUCUGCCUUUCUUAAUGCACCGGGACUUGUUCCCUCUCUUCUUCCUCCUUCCCCUUGCCCACCUGUGGGACACUUCUCUGCUCCCAGUCUGCAGGACAGUCUCUAACUGCAUCCAUCCUGCUGUGUGGAUGCACCUCAGCAGUCUUGCAAAGGGAGACUAGAAAUUUAACUUCGAAAUAAAUACCUUUUUCUUACGGGGUUUUCUCUUGCUCUGGAAAACAGCAUCUAAAGCAGAUUUUUUGAGCUAAAUGUGUCCUGGGACUCUGUUGUCCCUGAGUUUGAGAAGCCUCUGAGGCACACAAUGCAUGUGGGAAUCCUGUGGAAAUCACUGAUGUCAGAGCAGCAACUCGACCAGCAAUAGCAUAUGCAAGUGAUGUUAUUUACAUAGCAAUGUCCUUAAGUAGUAUUCACAGUAAUUUUUAAAGUUCAGUAUUAAACAGAUGCUUUUUUCCUCCUGUUUCCUUUUUCUAAUGUUUUCUGGAGAAAAAAGAAGUAUUUAUUUUGGCAGAAAUAUAUCUUCUAAUAAAAACUUUCUCAGUGUACUUACCUGGCUGGGGUAGGUUGUUUGCUUCUCCAUGUAAAGGUAUAUUAAAUAUUUCUGAAUGUGUUGUGCAA